AAAAAACGAAGUCAACCUUCAAUGUUUUUUCCUCAUUUUUACAGUAUGAAUUUGUGAAGCAUCAACUUUUUUUGUCAAGAAUCUGCGUUCUCGCCCUGAAAUUUUGUUUUCGAAUUGCAACUUCUAAAUUUACCAAAUCGACAAGGAAGCUGAGGAGCCUGAAGAAGCUCGAUCUAAGUAUAUGGACAUUUGCACAACAUCGACAUCCAACAGUACCAGCUCAAGAACCCAUUUAGGAGGACAGGCAGCAGCCCCAACAUCAUCACUCCCUGUAGUACCACCAGCGCGAGGACCUCGAAGAUGAUGAAAACUGGCCCGAUGAAGGUUUUCUGCUGGUGGGUGGCCUUGUAUGGAAGCAUCAGGAUCGACAUCGACAAAGGUGAAAUAAGUACUUAGUUUGGGAUGCAUAAAAUGCGACGCAAAAAUUGCCUCUAUUGCAGAGGACAGAAGGGAUGCGGAUUGUAAGCCUGUUGAGGGGUAGAAAUUGAGCCGCUAAAAAAAGUAGCAUGACAAAAUGCGUCUUCCUUACCCAAACAGCGCUGCAAACUGGAUUUUAGGUCUGCCCAAAUUUGUCAUGCGCCACGUGAAAACUAGGCAACAACUGGUAUCCGUUUUAUGCAUCACAAAUUAUUUCAAAUUCAACCCUGACGAUUUCGAUCCUGACACUUCCAUACAAUGAGCUGGGCAGGUCCCGUCUGCUUAUCCUGUGCAAAAGUAUCGUGCUCGUAGUAAUUGCAAACAUGCAUUACAAAUUUUGCUCUUAAGGUAAAUCCGCAUUACAAAUUUUCUUUCUCAUGCUGAGGAAAUUUGUAAUUCAUUUAUACGAGGAGUACGAUACUUUUGCAAUGCAUACUGCUUUUCGGGGAGCAACCAGAUGAACCUGGUCUCGUCCUUAUCAAAUGCAAAUAUGUCUGGGUCUGGAAACUUGUAAUGCUGCGUCGGGAAUAGUGGAUGCUCUGUAAUGCACAGCCAAGCAUGAGAAAUAUCUGCGCUCCUUUGUGCUGCGUUUUUCGCAUGACAAGCUGCGUUUUUGCAUGAAAGGAAAAAGGGUCUCUUCUUGAACACGCAUCACAAACUUUUGGGUCAUGCCAGACAAGCAUGACAAAUCUCGGAAACGGAAUCUUCCAGACCCAGACAUUUUUGCAUUUGAUAGUUCUCGACAGGCAACAACAUGUACGACACUGCACAACUCGACGCCCUUCCCCUUUAUCGUAUAGCAUGAACGGCAAUAGUACAACCAUCAGCAACGUUGCCGGUUUUGCAUGACAAAUUUGCAGUGCAGUGUGCCGCUAGUUGGGGUCGUGCCAGAACUUGUCAUGCAAACAGUGCCACGAGGCAAAAAAAGGGUGGAAUGUGGAUUGGGUACUGUUUUGCAUGACAAAUGAGGGGCAGGGGGGGUUGUGCACUGUCAUAUUAACAUGCCGCUUUUAUUCGUCGAGGCGGUGCGCAAGAAAGCGAGUCCUUCGCUUGUUGACCAAAUGCAUGGCUUUCGUCGCUUCUCGGGUAGGGGCACCAGCGCUUUGGACUUUGACAAGUGGUCGCAGAUGACGACGCAGGAGCUGCCGGAAGAAGAACGUAUCAACUGCAAAGGAUUUGUUGACUUCGGUCGUGUGGUAUCAAACGGAAAAAUCCCCCCUCCCCAUAUCGAAAAGAUAUGUCUCCGAAAAUUUGUGUUGCUGAUUUGUGAAGACCACAAAUCGGGUCUGCCUUGCAAGAAGGCCCACUCAGGCUGUCCGCCACGUUAUGGAGGCGAGUUGUAAUGCUGUAAGGCAUACAGGGUAGCCGGCUACCAUGCUAGGCGCCUACACCAAAAGGCCCCCGCCUAGGCUCAGGAUCUGCGUGCAUUCCUCUACUGCAGCACAAGUGUGCUUUUUUGUGUAUCCAAAUCCAGCAUCAGCACUUUCGUUUUGAUAUGGGGAGGGGGGAUUUUUCCCUUUGAUAUGUGGUCCUCUGGAAUUUUUAAAAUACCGGAACCGGGAUUGCACGACGGCUUGCCUCCGUGUAUUAAGAUCUGUAUGAUUUUUGCAUGACACGUGAGAACGCGACCGCGUUUGUCAUGCAGAAACUACGCAGGUAGAGUUGCAGUUUCAGUGGAAGCGCACGCUGCGAGUGGGAAUAGUAAAAAGCGUCAAGAAGUUGCUGCACAGAGAGCUCUAGUGCGUCUGCGUCUGGUGUUGAAGAUGGACAUGUUUGUAUAAAAUAUGUAGGUUUAUGUCGCUGUAGAGUUGUUGAAAAUGCUGAUUAAGAUUAAGAGCAGUGUCGUGUUUGGUCGUGCUGCCCGUCAAGAAGUACUUAAGUAUGAUCGGGUCGUCGUCCCGUUUAUUCACAAUCCUCGUCGGGCCAAGAACUCCGUCCAGAGGACCGAAAGAUCACUUCUUUUGUUAUUUUGCAGUUGAUACUAUGUGAAACUGAAAGCGGAGAAGUAUGGAAGUGUCAGGUUAUUUGAAAUCGAUUAUAAAGUUGAAGAGAUUUAUUUGUGAUGCACAAAAUCGACACCGGAAUCGGUUGGACUUCAAAUUUCUAACCAUACGCGGCGCGUUACAAAUUUUGGAAACACCUCCCAAAUCCAACCUGUCAUUGACUGUUUGGGGCAAAGAAUACUGCUUAAUAUUUUGUCACGCUCCGUCGCAGCUUUGACCCCCAACAUCACCCCAUCAAACAGGCGUAGGACAAUUAUCGGCCUUCUCACUUGAUGCCAUCCCUGCAUGGCGGGCAGUCUGUGUCUGGCAUCUUCUCAUGUACCGCAAAUUACUUAUUUAUAACUACUACACUUACGCCCCUGCCAAUUUCGAGCCUGGCGCUUCCAUAUUACGAAGCUCGAGGGGAAAGCGAGAAUCAGCCGCCCGCAUCGUGGUCAGGCUGGUUGCAGAAGCAGACUUUCGGACCGCUCGAAUUGUCUCUGGCAGGACUUGUAGCAACCGAAUUCGCCCUCGGGGCCUGGGCGAACGAGCUCGGAGCUUUCGACGACUUCAAAACUCGUGCGGCCGCGAGUUAUGUCCCGCUUACGGUGUUUUUGCAAUCGGAUCUGUGUGAGCAUAUAGUUGUAUAUGCAGGCGGCAAAACAACAUAGUACAACAACUUCGUUGCCGCGCAAACGAAACACGAUUUGGAUCUGGGUCCUCUAGCCCAUCCUCAUCUUCAAAAAACAUGGAAGAACACGUCGCGGCUGUGGAAACCACAGCUCUGUCUGCUCAAGGUGGAACCACCAACAUCUCUUCAAGAAAUGUUCGUUUCCUGUGCUUCGGAGGUGUGAGCAAAUAGUUCCAUCUAUGAUCAUGGAUGAUGAUGCAUGCAUCAAGAGACGCGGCUGCCCAGCAGAUUAAGAUGUCGUUGUAACAGUUGAGAUUGUAAAAGCACCUGAGCGAGCUAUAGAGUCUGGAAUUCCAUGCCGUUUUGGAAGAAAGUGAAAAACGAAGAGACUUUCAAGUCGAUGCUCGAAAACAUGACCACGGUUGCGGAGGAGACAUUGGACGACGUGACCAACCUGCCUGUUCCGCAAGCCGGGAAGCCUUUCACGGGAAACCAAGAUGCGGACAAAAUGGGGGAACUCGCAGCAAAGAUGGCGGAUUUGCAAGCGCAGGCGAAGAAGGUCGCGGACUUUUUCGACUGGAAUCCUUGCUCCGGACCUGAUGCUGCCACCUGUGCGAAAGAUGAGUGGUUUGAAAAAACUGAAGCCGGCGCUGCUCCGCACCAGGCCCUUGUGAAGAACGCUGAGUUGCUGAACGCCGGCCUCAAGAUUCUGUGA